CUGAGGAGGGCAGUGAUACAAAGAAGGAAAACUUCCGGUGGCUAACAUGCUAACUUUUCCUUUCGUUACCGUGAGAUGCAGCCGGAGUUCAGCAGCAGAGCCUGCAUGUGAGGAUAAACGUGUUUAAGUGGACUCUGUUUAAACUUUCGGGAUGUUUCACCUCAGACUCAUCUCCUGUUAGCCAAGAAUGCUAAAGGAAGUUAGCUUGUUAGCAGGAAGUAGCCGGAGCCGGAGCUCGGCCUCACAGUGUGUAUUUUAUCAGAGUGAGCUGCGUGUCUGUAACGGAGUGUGUCUGGAGGAAAAGCUGCUGUAAACAUGUCUAAAGUCCAAACGCUGAGAGCUUUUGUCCAGCAGCGACUAAGUGCGGCUGCUGAAGAGAUAUUUGAGCUGUUUGAAAGAACGAUAGCAGAGUACGAGGAGGAACUUUGUGGACAACGCAAACUACUGGACGCUGUUUUCAAGCCUGAAGCAGGCGUCCAGCUGCUGCUGGUGAGUGAAGACGUGGUUCCCCCUGAGCAGCAGGACUCGAGCCCCAGUCUGGACCAGGAGGACCCACCAGAGCCCCCACACAUUAAGGAGGAACAGGAAGAACUCUUCACCACUCAGGAGGGAGAGCAGCUUCGAGGGCUGGAGAAUGCUGAUAUCACCAAGUUCACAUUCACUCCUGUGAAGAGUGAAGAAGACGAUGAAGAGAAACCUCAGUCCUCACAGCUUCAUCAAAGACUCACUGAACAGAUGGAAACAGAAGCUAAUGGAGAGGACUGUGGAGGACCAGAACCAGCCAGGAACUCGGAUCCAGAUAGACCUUCACAUUCAGCUGCUGAUGACAAGAUGUUACCCUCAUCUGAACCCCGGACCAGUUGGGAAGGAGAGCCGCUUCGAGGGCUGGAGGAGGCUGAUAUCAUCAAGUUCCCAUUUAGUCCUGUCUCUGUGAAGAGUGAAGAAGAUGAAGAAGAGAAACCUCAGUCCUCACAGCUUCAUCAAAGACUCACUGAACAGAUGGAAACAGAAGCUGAUGGAGAGGACUGUGGAGGACCAGAACCAGCCAGGAACUCCGAUCUAGAUAGACAUUUACAACCAGCUGCUGGGGACAAGACUUCAGACUCUUCUGAACCUGAGACUGGUGUCAGUUAUGAUAGGGAGGAGACCAGGGAACCUCAGUCAGGUUUAAACCCUCUGCAAAACAAAGAAGUACCUGGAAGUGAUGUGGAAUAUAAUAAUGGAAAAACAUCAAGUUGCUCCUCUGAAUAUGCUGCAAGCUUUGGCCACAAGGGACUCCAAACAGGAGAGAAACAGUUUAGAUGUCCAGUUUGUGACAAAAGAUAUUUUUGUAAGGAGUCCUUAAUGUCUCAUAUGAGACUUCAUUCAGAAGGAAAACCUUACAGCUGCUCAGAUUGUAAAAAAACUUUUAAUCACAGACUAGAUCUUGUGAAGCACAUGAGAACCCACACAGGAGAGAAACCCUUCAGUUGUUCUGUCUGUGGUAGAGGAUUUGCACAAAGCUCAGGUUUGACCACACAUUUUAGAGUUCAUACAGGAGAAAAACCUUUCACAUGCUCAGUUUGUAAAGGAAGUUUCAGGAGUAGAGGCAAUUUGACCGAACACAUGAGAGUACAUACUGGGGAGAAACCCUAUAUUUGUUCAAUUUGUGGAAAAGGAUUUGGACAUAAGAAAAAUCUUAAUCAACAUUUGAGUGUUCACACAGGGGAGAAACCAUUCAGUUGUUCAGUUUGUGAUAAUAAAUUUGCAUGGAAAUCCCAACUGAGAAAACACAUGAAAAUCCAUACAGUUGAGGAAACGGUGGAAGAAGAAGUACUUCAUCACUGCUCUUUGCCUCUGCUGUGAUGUCCGUAAAAACCGCUGAGCCCGGUUACGUUGCCGCUCACUGCUCCUGCAGUGCUUUAGAAUGUUUUUUCCUCUCGUGAUGUUGUAGUUUUUCUUCCACUAGUCCAAAUAUAAUUGACUAUUUUAUGACUACAAAGACCAGCUUGCAGCUGUCGUGUUAUUGCCGCCAGUCUCUUUCGGGUUGUACCACAGAUAUAAAACAGAUUUAUUCUUCAGCUGUGCGAAAGUGCAACCUUAUCAACUCUUGCUUGAAAGAAACAGAACUUGGUUAAAAACAGUUGAUAGCAACGUAUUUGAAGCCUACUGCCGCUACUUAAUGAAUGAGCGCAGCUACUAAAAUUUCACAUGAUCACUGAUGACCCCAAACAAAAUACCAUCUUAAUUUUUUACAUUAUACCGCCCUGUGAAAGCAUGUUUUAAUCCCUAUGGAAAUUAACUACAACUUUUUUAUUAACAUGUUUUAAUCCCUACUUAAAUCAACUUCUCCCUGCGCUCAUUCACACACACCUUUACCUCUGGUCUAUAACUGCAACACACGGACUUUCCCCGCCUCUCUCUGUCUGCCUGUCUGCUCCCCUGAGUUUCUCCAUCAGCAGUAGGGUAUGUUUUAUAAACUCGCCAAAAAGACACAGAACUUGUUUUUUGUUUUUGUUCUGGACUUUUAAUUACUUGUUGAUGUCCAAUGCCAGUUUUGUAGACGUCACUCAAACCUAAUUUGAAUAAAUUUAUUUACUCAGUUAUUCUUUUUUUUUAAUGUCGUGAUAGGUCUUAAAUUUCAUUGAUGGUGUCUCAAAUUUGACUAGAUGAAACCUGCAGAAACUAAAGACUCAUUUGUGUUUAUAUGAUUAUGCAUGGGGUAAUUGCAUUACUUAUAUAAAAUAUUACAUCUUUAAUGAUAAUGAAGGCAAACAUGAACAGUGUUAUGAUUCUGAGGUCAUUAACAGUGUUUUCCUGCCAUUAUAAAGCGUUGACGCCCGAUAACAAUUAAUAUUACAUCUUAAAUGACAAUGCACACUUGGAUGGUUUUCAUGUUUACAUAAGCUAUUGGCUGUUAUUAUAUUUUUAUGCAAACAAAAUGUACAAAACAUUGUAUUUGUGGUUUUCAAAAUAAAACUUUUAAAAAUGG